AUGCCUCUAUCUUUGAAAACAGAUAAUCAGGGAAUUUAUCAAAUUUUUGCUGAUACUUUACAAAGUCCUGCUAUCUUUGUAAAUGGAAGUUUCUGUUUUUGGCGUCGUCAAAUUUCAAAUGGUGAUGUUAUCUGGGAUCGACAAUCGACUGGUUCAUGUACACCAUCAUUUGAAAUAGACAAUUCAUCUGAAUCUAUUCGUUAUAUACGUAAUAUAUUAAAUUGUCAGUAUAUUGAUGAUGAAGAGCCUUAUGAAAUACUUUCGAAUGCACAAGAUGAAGAUGAAUUACUAAAAUUCGAUAAAUCGUUAAUAAGUCUUGAACAACAAUCGAUUGUUUUUAUGGAAGUUCAUCAAUACGUUUUUCGUCAACAUUAA